UCAGUCUGGCCCUGGAGUCUGUAGCUCCUGCUCUGUAUUCUCCUUUCUUACCAGACCUUGAACAGGAAUCGCAGCAGAACAGUGGUGAAGCACAGCUGCCUCGAAUCCUGCCUUAUGUGACAGCUGCUGGGAAGAGGCCUCUGUAAGAUCAUGGGGGAUGUGAAGUUGGUUUCCUCAUCGCAUGUUUCCAAAACCUCCCUAAGUGAGGAUACUUCAAGGAUUAGCUCCAUGCCACUGAUGGAGGCCCCUGCUUUCAUUCUGCCCCCUCGGAACCUCUGUGUCAAAGAAGGAGCCACAGCCAAGUUUGAAGGGAGGGUCCGAGGUUACCCAGAGCCCCAGGUGACAUGGCACAGAAAUGGGCAACCCCUCUCCAGUGGGGGCCGCUUCCUGCUGGACUGUGGUGUCCGGGGAACUUUCAGCCUUGUCAUUUGUGCUGUCUGUGAGGAGGACAAGGGAAAGUACACCUGUGAAGCCAGCAAUGGCAGUGGUGCCCGCCAGCUGACGGUGGAGCUGACAGUGGAAGAGAGUUUUGCAAAGAAGCAUGGCCAACCUGUGGUUUCCAAAACCCUGGGGGACAGAUUUUCAACGACAGCAGUGGAAACUCGUCCUAGCAUUUGGGGGGAGUGCCCACCAAAGUUUGCUACCAAGUUGGGCCGAGCAGUGGUCAAAGAAGGACAAAUGGGGCGAUUCUCCUGCAAAGUCACUGGCCGGCCCCAACCUCAGGUCACUUGGCUCAAGGAAAAUGUCCCACUGCAGGCGAGUGCACGUGUGUCUAUGUCAGAGAAGAAUGGGAUGCAGGUCCUGGAAAUUCAUGAGGUCACCCAGGAUGAUGUGGGCAUGUACACAUGCAUGGUGGUAAAUGGAUCAGGAAAGGCAUCCAUGUCAGCAGAGCUCUCCAUCCCAGGUUUGGACAGUGCCAGCAGGUCAUUUGUGAGAGGAACAAAGGCCCCCGAUGCAGACAUCAGGAGGGAGGUGACCAAUGGAAUCACAAAGGGGCCCAAACUGGACAGCAUGGAGACAAUGGCUGGAAGUAAGGCCAGCCCCAGCCUACAUAAAGGUGGCUCUAUGGCCUGGGUUGCAAACAGCCCAUCACAUUCUCUGCAGAAGCCUAAAGCAGAGGUAUGUGAGGACUCCCCCAGAAAGGUCCUGCAGACUCCCCUCCUACAGAAGACUCCCAGCACCAUCACCCUGCAAGCCACGAAAGUUCAGCCGGAACCCAGAGCGCCAGCUUUGGGAGCUCCAUCUCCUUCUGGAGAAGAGAGGAAGAGGCCAGCUGCUUCCCGGCCAACCACCCUCCCAACCAGGUGGUCUGGCCUGGAAAGCCCAGAAGUUGUGAGCACAGUUGCCCCUAGGAAAACUCUCAUGGAAGGCCAGAGAGACUCAACACUGCCUAAGUUUGAGAGCAAGCCUCAAAACCUGGAAGUCUGUGAACAUGAAACAGUCAAGUUCAAGUGCAGUGUUUCAGGGAUCCCCAAGCCUGAAGUGACUUGGUUUCUGGAUGGUAUCCCUGUGCCAACAAGAGAAGGCACCAUUGAGGUUUAUGAGGAUGGGGGAGCUUAUUACCUCUGCCUGCUGAGUGCCCGGACCAGAGACAGUGGGCAGUACAGCUGCACAGCUUCCAACAGCCGAGGCCAGGUGUCCUGCAGCUGGACCCUCCAGGUGGAAAAGCCGGCUGCCAUGGAAGUGGCCCCCUCCUUCUCCAGAGUCCUAAAGGACUGCAUGGUCAUUGAGGGCCAAGAUUUUGUGCUGAAGUGCUCUGUGCAAGGGACCCCAGUGCCCCAAAUCACUUGGCUGCUCAAUGGGCAGCCCAUCCAGUAUGCGCACUCCACCUGCCGGGCUGGCGUGGCUGAGCUCCGGGUCCAGGACACCCUGCCAGAGGAUGAUGGUAUCUAUACCUGUCUGGCUGAGAACACCUCAGGCCAAGUGUCCUGCAGCGCCAGGGUCACUGUCCAUGAAAAAAAGAGUGACAGGAAGAGUGAUCUUUCGCCCUUGGCUCCCAUCAAGGCCACCGCACCCAUCUUCCUGCAGGGCCUCUCUGAUCUCCGAGUCAUGGAUGGAAGCCAGGUCACCAUGACGGUCCAGGUGUCAGGGAACCCACCCCCCAAGGUCAUCUGGCUUCACAAUGGGAAUGAGAUCCAGGAGUCAGAGGACUUCCACUUUGAACGGAGAGGCACUCAGCACAGUCUCUGCAUCCAGGAGGUGUUCCCGGAGGACACGGGCACAUAUACCUGCGAGGCCUGGAACAGUGCCGGAGCAGUUCGCACCCAGGCGGUGCUCACAGUGCAAGAGCCACAAGAUGGCAUCCAGCCCUGGUUCAUCAGCAAGCCUCGCUCAGUGAUGGCCUCCCUGGGCCAGAGUGUCCUUAUCUCCUGUGCCAUUGCUGGUGACCCCUUUCCCAGCGUGCACUGGCUCCGAGAUGGCAAAGCCCUCUCCAAAGACACUGGCCACUUUGAGGUGCUACAGAAUGAGGAUGUGUUCACCUUGGUCCUGAAGAAUGUGCAGCCCUGGCACGCGGGCCAGUAUGAGAUCCUGCUCAGGAACCAGGUUGGCGAAUGCAGUUGCCAGGUGUCGCUGAUGCUACAGAACAGCCCUGCCAGCCCGUGCUUGCGGGGGCGGGAGCCUGCCAGCUGUGAGGGCCUCCGUGGUGGAGGAGUUGGUGCUGAUGGUGGCAGUGACUGUGAUGGGACCCUGAGGCCUGGCUGGCUAGCAAGAGGGCAGGGUUGGCCAGAGGAGGAAGACGCUGAGGACGUGCGAGGGGUGCUGAAGCGGAGAGUGGAGACCAGGCUGCACACGGAGGAGGCGAUCCGCCAGCAGGAGGUGGAGCAGCUAGAUUUCCGUGACCUCCUGGGGAAAAAGGUGAGCACCAAGACUGUCUCAGAAGAAGACCUCAAGGAGAUCCCAGCUGAGCAGAUGGAUUUCCGUGCCAACCUGCAGCGGCAAGUGAAGCCAAAGACUGUAUCUGAGGAAGAGAGGAAGGUGCACAGUCCCCAACAGGUUGACUUCCGUUCUGUCCUGGCCAAGAAGGGGACUCCUAAGACCCCGGGGCCUGAGAAGGCACCACCUCCAAAACCUGCCACCCCGGAUUUCCGCUCAGUGCUGGGCAGCAAGAAGAAAUCACCAGCAGAGAAUGGCAGCAGCAGUGCUGAGGCCCCAAAUGCCAAAGCUCCCGAAAGUCCCGUGCCUGUGGGCAAUGCAGAACCUGCAGGAGCCCUCAAACCCACGAGCAAUGCCAAGCCUGCUGAGACCCCGAAAUCCAUGGGCAGCAGCAAGCCUGCCGAGACCCUGAAACCUGUGGGCAACACCCAGCCUGCAGAGACUCCAAAACCCAUGAGCAGCACACAACCUUUUGGGUCCCUGAAACCCAUAGGUAAUGCCAAGCCUGCUGAACCCCUGAAACCCCUGAGCAAUGCCAAGCCUGCUGAGACCCUGAAACCAUCUGGGAAGGAAGAACUCAAGAAGGAAGUUAAGAAUGAUGUGAACUACAAGACAGGACAUGCAGCAGCCACCGAUAAAGAGAAAAGACCAGAGAGCCAAGGGGUGGCCCCAACCUUCACAGAGAAGCUACAAGAUGUCCGUGUGGCAGAGGGUGACAAACUGCUAAUCCAGUGCCAGGUGUCAUCUGACCCCCCAGCUACCAUCACAUGGACACUGAAUGGAAAGACACUCAAGACCACCAAGUUCAUCAUCCUCUCCCAAGAAGGCUCACUGUGCUCUGUCUCUAUCCAGAAGGCUCUGCCCGAGGACAAGGGCCUGUACAAGUGCAUAGCCAAGAACAGCGCUGGCCAGGCGGAGUGUUCCUGCCAAGUCACCGUGGACGAUGCACCAGCCAGUGAGAACACCAAGGCCCCAGAGAUGAAAUCCCGGAGGCCCAAGACCUCUCUUCCUCUUGUGCUAGGAACAGAGAGUGAUGCAACUGUGAAAAAGAAACCCACCUCCAAGAUAUCUCCAAAGGCAGCAAUGCCCCCUCAGAUCAUCCAGUUCCCUGAGGACCAGAAGGUGCGGGCAGGAGAGCCUGUGGAGCUGCUUGGGAAAGUGACCGGCACGCAGCCCAUCACCUGUACCUGGAUGAAGUUCCGAAAGCAGAUCCAGGACAGUGAGCUCAUCAAGGUGGAAAACAGUGAAGGCGGCAGCAAGCUCACCAUCCUGGCCGCGCGCCAGGAACACUGCGGCUGCUACACGCUGCUGGUGGAAAACAAGCUGGGCAGCAGACAGGCCCAGGUCAACCUCACGGUCGUGGAUAAGCCAGACCCCCCGGCUGGCAUCCCUUGUGCGUCUGAUAUCCGAAGCUCCUCACUGACCCUGUCUUGGUAUGGCUCUUCCUAUGAUGGAGGCAGUGCUGUGCAGUCCUACAGCAUUGAGAUCUGGGAUUCAGUGGACAAGAUGUGGAAGGAACUAGCCACAUGCCGCAGCACCUCUUUUAACGUUCAGGAUCUGCUGCCUGACCGAGAGUAUAAAUUUCGUGUACGUGCAAUCAAUGUGUAUGGAACGAGCGAGCCAAGCCAGGAGUCUGAGCUCACCACGGUGGGAGAGAAACCUGAGGAGCCCAAGGAUGAAGUGGAGGUAUCAGAUGAUGAUGAAAAGGAGCCGGAAGUUGACUAUCGGACAGUGACGGUCAACACUGAACAAAAAGUCUCUGACUUGUACAACAUUGAAGAGAGACUAGGAUCUGGAAAAUUUGGACAAGUCUUUAGACUUGUAGAAAAGAAAACUGGAAAAAUCUGGGCAGGGAAAUUCUUCAAAGCAUAUUCAGCAAAAGAGAAGGAGAACAUCCGGGAGGAGAUCGGCAUCAUGAACUGCCUUCACCAUCCCAAGCUGGUCCAGUGUGUGGAUGCCUUUGAGGAAAAGGCCAACAUCGUCAUGGUGCUGGAGAUCGUGUCAGGCGGUGAGCUGUUUGAACGGAUCAUUGAUGAGGACUUCGAGCUGACAGAGCGGGAGUGCAUCCAGUACAUGAGGCAGAUCUCGGAGGGGGUGGAAUACAUCCACAAGCAAGGCAUCGUGCACCUGGACCUCAAGCCCGAGAACAUCAUGUGUGUCAACAAGACAGGCACGAGAAUCAAGCUCAUCGACUUCGGUCUGGCCCGGAGGCUGGAGAAUGCAGGGUCUCUGAAGGUCCUCUUUGGCACCCCGGAGUUUGUGGCUCCUGAAGUGAUCAACUAUGAACCUAUCGGCUAUGCCACAGACAUGUGGAGCAUCGGGGUCAUCUGCUAUAUCCUGGUCAGUGGCCUUUCUCCCUUCAUGGGUGACAACGACAACGAGACCUUAGCCAAUGUUACCUCAGCCACCUGGGACUUCGAUGAUGAGGCGUUUGACGAGAUCUCCGAGGAUGCCAAGGAUUUCAUCAGCAACUUGCUGAAGAAAGAUAUGAAAAACCGACUGAACUGUACCCAGUGCCUUCAGCACCCAUGGCUGAUGAAAGACACUAAAACCAUGGAGGCCAAGAAGCUGUCCAAGGACCGGAUGAAGAAGUACAUGGCAAGGAGGAAAUGGCAGAAAACGGGCAAUGCUGUGAGAGCCAUUGGAAGACUGUCCUCUAUGGCAAUGAUCUCAGGGCUCAGUGGCAGGAAGUCCUCAACAGGGUCACCAACCAGCCCCCUCAAUGCAGAGAAACUAGAAUCUGAAGAAGAUGUCUCUCAGGCUUUCCUUGAGGCUGUAGCUGAGGAAAAGCCCCACGUGAAACCCUAUUUCUCUAAGACUAUUCGUGACUUGGAAGUUGUGGAGGGAAGUGCUGCUAGAUUCGACUGCAAGAUUGAAGGAUACCCAGACCCUGAGGUCGUCUGGUUCAAAGAUGACCAGUCAAUCCGAGAGUCGCGCCACUUCCAGAUAGACUACGAUGAGGAUGGGAACUGCUCUUUGAUUAUUAGUGAUGUCUGUGGGGAUGACGAUGCCAAGUACACCUGCAAGGCUGUCAACAGCCUUGGAGAAGCCACCUGCACGGCCGAACUCAUUGUGGAAACCAUGGAGGAAGGAGAAGGGGAAGGGGAAGAGGAAGAAGAGGAAGAGUAAAACAAAUCCAGGGAGGAGCAAUGUCAAAGUCAUUUUAAAAAACCAUUUCUCUAAAACUCAAAAAACUCCAGAUAGUAAUUAAAGGCGCCUAGUUUGGUAGGUUAUCUAGUUAGGUCAUGUGGGGGUUGAUUCAUCAGCAACAGCAGUUGAUACUUAGGAGCAUUACUGGUGGGCAUUAGUAUGAAUUAGCUGACACCUUCAGAUAAAGUGCAGCUACAAUUCAUUUAGGGAAAUCACCAGCAACUUGCAUGACCAGUUGGCUUUAGGGAAAAAGAAGCCAGAAGAAAUAUCUGGGCGAACUCAUGAAGGCAUCCAUGAAUAUCAAGUCCACAUCUGGGCUCUGGGUCCUGUGACUCUGCUAAGCCCAGAAGGUCCUUGGAGACAGGUGGCUUCUCUACCCAGCCCCUGGAUCUUCUCUGGCACUGCAGCAUUUUAUUCUGAAAGCAGUUGAGCCAUUCUGCCUUCCAGAACACACUUCUUUUCGAAGCUCACUGUAGACAUCCACACUCUUCUAUUCCUCUCCCCUGUUCCACUUAUAAGCUUUUCUGGCUCUGAAUUUGUCAUAAAUUUUGGCACUAAGGACAUUAAUUGUGCUUCUAAGAUUGUGAAGACAGGAACCCUGCUCAUGGCUGACUCCUUUCUUCUAAAAUCAGUAGGCAACCUAAAUUAAACUUAUCCCCUCUUUUCAAGUGUCUAGCAGCUUCAGACUUUCCAGUAAGAACCCAUGGUGCAGGCAGAUCCUUGCUAAUGUGCUUUUUUUCUUCAGCCAGGAUUCAGAUUUAUGCUGUUAUUGGGUAUCAGCCUGCAUGCAUGGUAAAGAUUUUUGUGUCUGAAUGUGGAAAAAAAAGUUUGCUGAAAUGUUAGUCUUGAUUAUUUAUUAGGCUCCCUGAAAUGUAUUUCAACUCAUGAACAGCUGCCGAGCUCCCUGUACUUUGGAAUCUUCUAGCCUGAGUUUAAUUCAUCUUGACUCGCCACACAUCCAGAGAGCACAGCCUACCAUAGAGUUCCACGCUAUUUUUCUACUUGAUUAUGCAUCAAUCAUGCCUCGCCCCCAGUCUUGGAAUGUAUUCUUAGGCCUGACAAAUGCACUCAGACUUGCAUCUUUAGGAAUUUUUAACUUUUUUCACUACAUUGGCACUUAAAUUUUUUCUUUAUAAAACUUUUUGAGGGUCACAGACCAUAAACAAAUACCAUAAAUGGAUAUAUCUAGUACAUUUCCUCUGCGUGUGUGUGUAUGCGUGUGUAACAUUCCAAGUACUCUUUUCUUUUCCACUGUUUGUAAAGUGCAACAACAUAAUAUUCCAGUGGACUUUCUAAUAGUUCCUUAUGAACCAAUUUUAAAUUACUUAUGUGCAAUCCUACCAAGUAUCAAUGUUAGAAUUUUGAUCUUAUGUUAUCUUCCAUUCUAUUGUUAGCUACUUUUUCAAAUUGCCAGUACUUUUCCUUUUUUGCUUUUUAAACAGUUACAGUAUUUUUCAUUAUAGCCACAGUAUUGCCACAAUUUAUUAUAAUAAAGGGAUUUUAAUUUGAUUUAGACCAAAGUGUUUUUCAUCACUUUUAAUUGUGUUUAGAAUAUAAUUUGUGUGUGUGUGUGUGUAUUGUAUGUAUGUGCAUGAGUGUUAUAUACAUGUGUUUACAGCUUAAUGCCUUCUUGGGACUGUGUUAAUGUUCUUUUGGUUUAUUAUGCCAUCAGAAUGGUAAAUCAGAACACUACGAAUGUAGUUAGCUCACAGUUUUUAAAUAAAGAUACCACAGUGCA